AGAAAUGGAGGGAAAACAAAUUCCCACUACGAAGCGCCACCACACUGCUGUCCAAGCUCGAAACCAGCGCCGAGAUUCCCCACGGGCGACACAAAGAAGCCCUGCUCCGACGAAGCCGUCGAUGGCGGCGUUGGAACCCCUCACCUCCGCCUCUUCCCCCUCCCCCGCCGGCGUGUCGACCGACGCGCCUCCGGCCCCCAGCCUGGGUGCCUCCGCCGGCGCGAGGAAGCGCAAGGCCCCGACGGCUGCGGCGAGGAAGCCUAGGAAGCAGCAGGCUCAAGAACCGAUCCAGAUCUGCGUGUACUAUGGACACAGAGAAGAGUUUUAUCGCGUUGGGGGCGAUGAUUUAGUUAAUUGCUCAUACAUUUCUCCGGGAGACAAAGGUUGUGCGCACGUGACGGGUGAGCUGCCACUGCAGCCAGGGUCGAUGUCGCUGGUUGACCUACAGCUCUGGAUCUUCAAGCUGUUUCGGCUGCACCCAGAAACACAGGAUCUCGACGUCAAGGGGUUCCUCAAACAACGCACCACUGACUUGUUUGACGACUUCGAGCCGGAUUGGUACAUGGAGUACUGGCCGUGGGAGACCCGUCAUUUUCUUACCGAUAAAUGCUGGAAAGCCUUUGCCAAUAAACUGAAGCGAAGAAGAAACGUGACCCAAAAGUUCAUGCUGUAUGUGCAAUCCUCUGAGAUCAGACACUACGCCAUUUUGCUCAAAGCCAUACAUGAUGAUGAUUAUUCUCCAACGGCACAUGCUGUGUUGCCUGGGACGAAAUGCCUGAGUACUUCUAAUUUCCGCUUCAUCCGCCUAGUGGAAGACCUGACAAUAAUGACGCCUAAGGAAAUUAUAGAUUAUCUCGCUAAACACUACGGUGAGCAGAUGAGCCCCCCUGAGGCAUGGAGGGCAAGGCAGAAGGCUCUGGAGUGGGAGUUCGGUACAUUUUAUGAUUCACACAACCUUGCGCCGAGGUUACUCAAUGACCUGGCAUGUAAGAAUCCUCGCGCUUUUGUGGGCAUCAAGGAUGCAGAGGUUCCAGGCUGCAAUGGUUUUCGAGUCCUGCACCGUAUGUUUUGGGUGUUUGAUCGGUGCUCACAGGCAUUCCGUCAUUGCCGCCCUGUACUAUGCAUUAAGGGCAUGCCACUAUGCGGGAAAUACCAAGGGUUGUUGUUGACUGCUGUAGCAUUAGAUGCUAAUGAUUGCUCCAUUCCAGUAGCAUUUGCUGUCGUGGAGGGGGAGACCAAGGAAAGCUGGAUGUGGUUUCUUAGGAAUUUGGACCAAGCAGUUUGCCAUCAAUCUGAUGUCUGCAUUAUACACGAUUACAAAAGGGAGAUGAUUGAUGCUGUAGAGGACUUUUUAAAUUCCCCUCAACGACAAUGGCUGAAAGCAGAGAGCCGAUGGUGCAUGGAACACCUUGCUGACACCUUUUUUGCAUAUUUUGGUGACAAGAAGCUGGUGAUGAUGUUCAAGAAACUUUGUCAGCAAAGGCGAGUAAAUAAGUUUGUAAAAAUCUGGAAAGAGCUCGAUGAGUUGACAACCAAAUAUAUUUCGGACAAAGAGCUAGCGACACAAACCCCAUGCAACCAACCCAAUUCUGUACAGUAUGAGGAGGAAGAUUGUGCCAGUGAUAGCAAACGAAAGAUAACCAAAUUUUCUGACUGGAUCCAUAUGAAACCAAUGGAGAAGUGGUCACUGGCACAUGACAGAAAGGGAGCAAGGUAUGGUAUCAUGGGCACUGAUAUAGCCGAUGUGUAUAAGAAUGACCCUGUGUUGAAAGGGAUAACAUGCCUUCCUCUUGUUGCGAUUGUGGAGGUGACAUUUCUGCGCUUGGUGGAGUGCUUCGAAAACACAAGUGCUGCAGCAAGCGAAGCAAUCAGCAACCCAUCACUGAACUUCCCUGAACGUGUCCAGGAUGACAUGAAUUCCGAAAUGCAGAAGUCAAAGAUGCAUCACGUGGUUCGCAUAGACGCCAACACUGGGAAAAAAAUCCAGGGGAAAGUAGUUUGGAAAUUUAAAGUUCAAUCAGGGCAGAAGACUGAGGUUGCUCACCUGAAUUCAGAAGAUACCCAUAUCUCUAAGAAGUUUGAAGGGUCCACAAUUCGAGAAAGUGCCACCUGUUCAUGCAACAAGCCUCAGCUGCUUCACAAGGCCUGCUCUCAUGUCAUCGCCGUCUGUUGUCAGAUUGGGUUUAGCACUGCUACGUACAUGUCCCCAUUCUACAGUCUGACCUAUCUAGGUAGUACCUGGAGUGGAAAAUUUGAUGAAUCUAAUAUCUCACGUGACAACUAUAACUCAUGUGACUACAGUUAUAUCUCACGUGACUACAGAUAUAUCAUGCCAUUUGAAAACAAGACAACAACUUGGAUCCCAGACAAAAGAUUGGAGUGUGGCCUUCCUGUUUUUCUAACAUCAGAGUGCCUAGAAGCAGUUUCAGAGGCAGAGUAACAAUGCAGCACUGGGAAUGGAUCAAUUGAAGACAAUCAAGGAACCGCAACACGGUCAGAAGAAUCUAAUCAAAUUUUAACUUUUUGUUGUCGUCUGUCGAACUCCCAAGCUAUUCAUACUUUGGAUCCCAAGUAUGCAGUUUCUGUUGAGCUUAUCCUAUGUAAAACUUUGAAUCUGUAGUGUUAUUUGCAGUGCUUA